AUGGCGUCGCAAGACCAUCUCGAUGACGAAGAUGAUUUUGGAGGUGAUUUUUCUGAAGGGAAUGCUGCAAGGCGUUCAGGUAAUAAGAGAAGCUUUGCGGACCUCGACGAUGAUGAAGAUGAUAUUUUUGGGUCGAAGAAGGUUAGCCAGAAAGUAGAGGAAACUGCACCAGGAGUGGCAACUGGGAUGAUCUUAUCUCUUCGUGAGAGUCUGAAGAACUGUCAAGAUGAACUCUCAAGAUGCCAGACGAAACUUGAAGAUGCUAAGUCUGAGAUUCAGAAGUGGCAUUCUGCUUUCCAGAAUGAAUCCUUCAUGCCUCAAGGCGCAACUCCCGAACCAAAAUUCGUGGUGAACUACCUUCAGACUCUGAGGUCCUCCGAGGAGUCUCUUCGGGAGCAACUAGAGAAAGCGAAGAAAAAAGAAGCUGCAUUCAUUGUGACAUUUGCUAAAAGGGAGCAGGAGAUAGCUGAGUUGAAGUCUGCUCUUCGGGAUCUGAGAACUCAGUUGAAGCCACCAUCAAUGCAGGCGAGGAGACUAUUGCUAGAUCCAGCUAUCCAUGAAGAGUUCACAAGAUUAAAGAACUUAGUGGAAGAGAAGGAUAAGAAAGUUAAAGAGCUGCAAGAUAAUAUAGCUGCUGUCAGUUUUACCCCACAAAGUAAGAUGGGAAAGAUGUUAAUGGCAAAAUGCAGGACGCUGCAGGAAGAGAACGAGGAAAUUGGUAACCAAGCUAAUGAAGGAAAGAUGCAUGAAUUAACAAUGAAGCUUGCUUUACAAAAAUCUCACAACACUGAGCUCAGGAGCCAAUUUGAAGAAAUAUGCAAGCAGAUGGAAAAACUGACGGGCGAUGUUGACCGAUCGAAUGAGCUGGUGAUUAUCUUGCAAGAGAAACUAGAAGCAAAGGACGACGAAAUCCAGAGAUUAAAAAACGAGCUGCUGCAAGGGAAUGCCAAUGGUGAGGAGCAGAUUGAGUUAGAUACUGAUGUGAAUGCUAAUGUUGAUAAUGGACUGAAUCUCGUUGAAGUCCAAACUGAAACUUAA